AUGGCAAUCCCCACGACGGUUGACAUCGUCAUCAUCGGCGCCGGGCCGGCCGGGCUCGCCCUGGCAAACUGGUUCCGCAACUCGGGCAUCACCGUCUUGCUCAUUGACAAAAAGCCCGGCCCAACCCAGCGGGGUCACGCGGAAGGACUCAAGAGCACGACGACAGAGAUUUUGGGGUCGUUUGGACUGGGACCGCAGGUGGAAGCGGAGGCGUGGCGGUUGGAGGAGAUUGCUAUUUGGGGGGUGGAUGGCUCUGAGCAGGAUCGAGCGGACCCAGAUGGAGGGAGUGAGAGUGGAUGGAGUCAGGAUGGGGAGAGAAAAGCAAGGGGUCUUCGUCGGGAGAGGGUGAUGAAGGAUCGAGUGGAAGAGUUGGGGUUUGGGACGGUCCGGGAGACGAUUUUGCAGCAGGCGAGGGUUGAGUAUCAUAUGCUGCAGAACUUGCUCGGGCACGACAACAUCGACGUCCGGUACAGUACGUGUCCGGUCUCGGUGGAUAUCGAUACGUUUUUGGGACACCAUAAAGAGGGGUACCCGGUUACGGUCGGGUUGGUGUCUGCAGAUGGAGUGGAUUCAGCUAAGGCCGAGACCAUCCGAGCCAAGUACAUUGUCGGCUGCGACGGCGCGCACAGCUGGCUGCGAAAGAAACUGGGCGUGGAGUUUGAGGGAGAUCUUACCGACUCCGCGUGGGGUGUCGUCGACCUGAUCCCGCGAACCAACUUCCCCGACAUCCGCCGCAUCAGCUACAUCCGCACACCGUCAACCGGCACUAUGAUGCUCAUGCCGCGCCCGCACCGCGAAGUCCGGAUUUACGUUCCACUGCCGAGUCCACCCUCCGAUCCAGCAGAGCCCGUCCCAGAGACGACGCUCGAGCAAAUCCUCACUGCGGCGCAAGACCGCUUCCAUCCUUAUACUCUAGACCUGGAUCUCUCUCCGCCACCAACCAACCCUUCCAAGACGUGCUGCGAGAAAACGAUCGAAGAAAAAAACAACAUCUCCUGGUGGUCAACCUACCGCGUCGGCCAACGCGUCGGCACAUCCUUCUCCGUCGCCAACGAGCGCGCCUUUCUCGCCGGCGACGCUGUGCACACUCACUCGCCCAAAGCCGGGCAGGGGAUGAACACGGCGAUCCAGGACGCGUAUAACCUGGGCUGGAAGCUGCGGAUGGUGUUGCAAGGCUCUCCGGGGAAGAACUGUGGUGGUGGUAGUGAUAAAGCGGAAACAGCUGUAGCUGGCAAACUGCUGCGAACCUACCAUCUCGAGCGCAAGAAAGUCGCUGAGGACGUCGUUGCACAUGAUCGAGGGUAUCUCCAGCUCUUCACUAAACCAUCCUCACAACCCUCCUCCGCAUCACAAUCAUUCACGCCACCUUUCCCAACCGCGUCUGAAAGCGGCAAAGACGAAGACCAAAACCAAAACGAAUUCCAAACUUCGUUUCUCACCGCCAUGCAAUUCAGCACGGGUCUGUCCAUCCAAUAUGCACCCUCCUGCGUCGUGCAACCUUCCCCGUUAUCCUCUGCUUUAGACUCCCCCAUUCUGAAAGCCAACCUUGCACCCGGCAAACGCCUCCAGGAUUUCCAAGCCAUCUACCACGCUGACGGUAUUGUCGAGCGGAUUCACAACCGGCUUCGUGCCACUGGCCAGUUUCGUGUGGUUGUGUUUGCGGGGGAUGUAGCUGACCCACUUGUGACGAGACGGUCGUGGGAGUUGGGGCGGUUUUUGGUGGAUCCGGAUAAUGGUUUGGGACUAUUGACUGUGCCGAAAACUACUGGUAAAGGGAAAGUGGCAGGAAAGGGGGAGGACUCGAUAACGUGGGAGAGCGUGCCGGUAGAAGUGCUGAUGGUGCAUUGUGGUGAUAGAGCCGAAGUGGAGUUGCUGGAUUUGCAUGAGGUAUACCGACCGUGGAGCAGGGAUUCGGGGGUGGAUUAUUGGCGGGUGUUGGUGGAUGAGGAGGGGGGGUUGGGGCAUGGACGGGUGUAUGAGCGGUUGGAGAUAGAUAGGAAGAGAGGCUGUUGUGUGGUGGUAAGGCCGGAUGGGUAUAUUGGGGCGGUUGUGGAGAUGGGGGAUUCUGAGGGGGUGAGGGGGUAUUUUAGGGGGUUGGGUAUGCUGUAG